AUCCCUGGCGAUCAGGACGAUCAAUUAAGAAAUCUAAUUUUCCAGGACAGUGACGAGCUGUUGGCAAUAAGAAAGAUUUCGAAAUAUUUUCCAGACUCACCUCCCGAAGAACAUAUCCAUGUCAUCGUAAAGUUGCCACAGUGUACAACUAUGGGGAGACUUUUUUGAGCUAGUAAAUCAAUUCCGCUUCGACCAACAACCGAUAUUCGAGAGGCCACAAUUUAACCAAGAUAUAGAGAUAGUCAAUGAAGAGGAUGUUCGCGUUGCUAUAUCUAUCAACAUUUGUUUGAUGUUAAAUAAGCUUAUGGGACCAGAUUAUAAUUUUUCAAAACGUCCACCUACUUCUCCUGGCAUACCGGAUUUCACCUGUCAUCUCGUGGGUUCGUUGAUCUUGGUGAUUGAGGCAAAAAGAAAGCAUGUUUUAGAAGACAUGGGUGAACAGACAUUUCCCGAGUUUUAUAAUACGAGUAAGGGCAAGGAUGUAAUUCAACAAAUCUAUAAUUAUAUGGGAGGAAACGAACUUAGAAACGGUAUUCUUACCACUUAUGAUAAUCACUGGUUUCUAUGCCGAGAACACACGAAGCUCUGGAUCUCAAAAACCCUUCCACUACAAUCAGAAUCUCCACCAGUUCUCAAGGCAUAUGCUUAUCUAACUCGACAGGCGAAAGAGAAUCCCAACUCUCCUAAACCUCAAGUACUAGUGCCGGCUCAAGGGGAUAAUAAUUCACGUACUCUUCGAUCAAACUCAAAAUCAUCAUCCAGCUCUUCAUUAACUAAUCAGGCUUCCAGCACCUUUUCGAAUCAACAAUCAUCUUCUAACGUCCCAGUAAACCAGCAAAAGUUUAGCUUCGCAGACUUCAAGUUUAAGAGCAUACUAGGUGAAGGACGAAGUGGAAAGACUCUCCUAUGCGAAUUUCGUGGAGAUAUGAUUGCUCUGAAGAGUGCAGACUUAUCUAAGGCCCCAUCGUAUGUUCUGGAAGAAAUGCAGAAAGAAGUAGAGAUGUACAAAGAUCUAGCUGAUAUUCAAGGCAAGUAUAUCCCCAAGUUGGUCUGUUAUGGAUAUUAUGGAGGAGGUAUGAGCUUCGUUAUCGGCAUGACUAUUGUCGGCACUUCGUUGAGCGACCAAAAAAUAAAGAAACAGCAGAAGACAAGGGCUAUUAAGGGAUUAGAAGCGAUCCACAAGUAUGGCAUCCUCCACAAUGACAUUCGGGAGGAAAACAUCUUAAUUAACGAUGACGGUGACGUCUAUCUGAUUGACUUCGGUAUGGCAAGUCGGGAGGACACAAAAAAGAAGAGAAAGCUUUUCGAGGAGGAACAGCUCAAAUACUCUAACUUGCUAGAUAGAUAUAAUACACAUUUCGUAAAGAAGGAGGGGCGAAUUUCCAAGUCACGUAAAUGUCAGGUGGUUAGUUAGACUGUAGG